ACAUUUUUUUUUUUUUUUGUUUUUUUAUAAUAAAAUUAGAAACUUUUUUGCAGUCAAUUCCCAAACUAAUCCCUUAUUGAUCGGCCAUCGCCGCUCCGAACGUUCUUCUUCUUCGUCGCAAAUUUCGAGGAUAGGAUUUCAAUUCUUCUCUCCCGCCAGAUUCCCAGUAGAGCAUCAUAGAUUUGAUUUCCGCAUAUGGCUCCUUGAGAUCCUCUUCAGUAUCGGAGAAUCAGAGGUUUAGAGAGUGAGACAUCCACGAUUCCGGCCGUGGCGGAGGAGAAGACGACGAUGCGAUUGGGGAAGAGACGAUGAGCUGAGGCAUCGCAUCGUGGAGAAAUGAAUGUGAGCCAUGCGACGGUUCACCCGGCCGAAGAUCCCCCUACUACCGACGGCGCGAAUGCGCCCAUGGUCAGGAUGAAGGACAUGGAAGGAAUGCCCGGCACCCGCGGAGGACUCGCUUUGCGAUUCUUUCAGUUUCUCUUUGCGGCGGCGGCGCUGGUUGUCAUGGCUACUACCAGCGAUUUCCCUUCUGUUACUGCCUUUUGCUAUCUUGUUGCAGCAGCUGGUUUGCAGAGUUUGUGGAGCCUCUUUUUGGCCUUCAUUGAUAUAUAUGCUCUAUUAGUGAAGAGAUCCUUACAGAAUUGCAGGAUAGUCAGCUUAUUCACUAUUGGUGAUGGUAUCACCUCUACCCUCACGUUCGCUGCAGCUUGUGCUUCUGCAGGCAUCACCGUUCUUAUAGACAACGAUAUCGGUAGCUGCAGCGAGAACCACUGUGUACAGUUUGAAACUGCAACGGCCAUGGCAUUUAUUAGCUGGUUUACUGCAUUGCCUUCGUUCUUCAUGAACUUCUGGUCUCUUGCAUCCCGAUGAAUUUGGCUUGGCUCUUAUUAGCUAGUUUACUGCGUUGUCUUCAUUCUUCAUGAACUUCUGGUCUCUGCAUCCUUAUGAAUUUGGCUAUCAAACUUGAAAGAUAUUGUUACUGUUUCUUGCUGUUUUGUGAUGUGAUGUUUUGUAGAUGUCCUGAAAUGAAUCUUGUUAUGCCAAUGUUCAGAAUUUGUAGUUAAGGUGAUAAAUAUGGGUGCUUUGAUUUGGACGUUGGUUCAUCACUUGAUCAUUCAUUAUUGCACUAUCUGAUGGCAAUGGAUCACAUACAAACACAAAAUAUUGUAAAUUUACUUUGGAUUUUGGUUUCAGCAAUGCAUCAACAUUUUCCAUUCUUAUCAUUCAACAAAAGAAUUUGCUAUCAGAAAGUUUCCCCUGCCAGAUACAUCCUUAUACUUCAAAUCCCAGGCAGAUAUAUAGAUAAGAUGUUACAUAAUUGAAAAACCCCUUCCUAUUUUCUAGGAUUGUUGUAUAAUUUUCAACAAGUGUACAGGGAAAAGAAUCACAAGAAUGACCAGUUGACGAAGGAGAAGGCAAGACAGUGUACAGUAGACUCGUCCUCGGUAAGAACUUUCCAUGCAACGGCUUGUUCAAAGGAUACAUGUCGCCCCAUUGUCGACAUGCAAAUUCCAGCAGGAAUGUAAGCAAAGCCCUACCGAAAACAAGCAUAAACACAACCACCCAUAUCAUGUUGAGCACGACAAUGAACUGAAGGGAAGAAUAUAGUACGAAAUCUGGUGCAUUAAGCUGGAAAAAUCAGUAGAGAAGAACUUGCGGGCAGAAUCGCCAAGAAUUUGAUCCAAAGUGAUGUCUUGUAAGGCAACCAAGGUUAUCUCCAACAUGUCAAGGCCUGCUUGGUUAGCAAACAUGAACACUGGGGGUAGUGACUGCAAACCAACAAAAUAAAUUACAUUGCUUAGAGGACAGCCACACAACACAGAUAUUCAUUUGGUUCUCACUUGCAGAGUUUGUUUAUUCACCUCAAGGGAACAGCACAGAAUUGCAUCCUGAUGCUUCCAUAGGCGUUUCAACACUGAUUCACCUCCACACUCUCUGAAGGCACCAGUUCAGUUCCAGUAUGGCAUCUGUGAGACAGAGAGAAUUAGGAACCAAAAUAAGAUUCUUAACAAUAUAAAACGUGAAAUAAAGGACAUUAAGAAAAGAGAAAAAAACCUGUAGCUAUGGCAGAUCCAGCGAGCCUGUGUGAGAGCUUCUGGACAAGCAUAUGAUCGCUUUGGCUCCGACGACGAGCUUAAUCCAGAGGGCUUACCUUUCCUUUAACCCAAGGCUAAAUUUCUUUACAAUUCUAUUUAGUUUAGGUUGCAUGUUUAGAAUCAUUCAAGCUUGACACGAUCAAUCUUGCUUGUAGAGUGAUUCUAACCUCAAUUAAGUGUUCUUGACUUGAGAUAUUUGAUUAACAUGGUAAUCCAUUUGAAUC